AUGGGUAACUGCCUAGAUUCUUCUGCCAAAGUUGAUGCAGCUCAGAGCUCCAGAUCCACUUCUGGAAUCUCAAAAACUACACCUUCCAGCUUAUCUAUUCCAUCAUACAGUGAAAAAAGCAACGCCUCAAGUCUUCCCACACCAAGGUCUGAGGGUGAAAUCUUGUCUUCUCCCAAUCUUAAGCCCUUCACAUUCAAUGAGCUGAAGAAUGCCACCAGAAAUUUUCGGCCUGAUAGUCUUCUUGGUGAAGGGGGAUUUGGAUACGUCUACAAAGGAUGGAUUGAUGAACACACAUUUACAGCUUCAAGACCUGGCGCAGGAAUGGUUGUUGCUGUAAAGAGGCUUAAACCUGAAGGUUUUCAAGGUCAUAAAGAGUGGUUGACUGAGGUUAACUACCUUGGACAACUGUACCAUCCUAAUCUGGUUAAAUUAAUUGGUUACUGCUUGGACGGAGAGAAUCGGCUUUUGGUCUAUGAGUUUAUGCCUAAAGGGAGCUUAGAGAACCAUCUGUUUAGAAGAGGACCACAACCACUCUCUUGGUCGGUGAGGAUGAAAGUGGCUAUUGGUGCUGCUAGAGGACUCUCUUUUCUUCAUAAUGCCAAAUCACAAGUCAUAUACCGUGAUUUUAAAGCCUCUAACAUCCUACUUGAUGCGGAGUUCAAUGCUAAACUCUCUGACUUUGGUUUAGCUAAGGCGGGUCCUACUGGUGAUAGAACUCACGUGUCAACUCAAGUCAUGGGUACUCAAGGAUAUGCAGCACCUGAAUAUGUUGCAACUGGUAGGUUGACAGCCAAAAGUGAUGUCUACAGCUUUGGAGUUGUGUUGCUUGAACUUUUAUCUGGAAGACGUGCAGUUGAUAAAACAAUAGCUGGUAUGGAGCAGAAUCUGGUAGACUGGGCAAAACCAUAUUUGAGCGAUAAACGAAGACUGUUUCGGAUCAUGGAUACCAAGUUGGAGGGGCAGUACCCACAAAAGGGGGCCUUCAUGGCUGCCACACUUGCUCUACAAUGCCUCAACAGUGAGGCCAAGACAAGGCCUCCAAUGACAGAGGUUUUAGCCACUCUGGAACAGAUAGAAGCCCCUAAAACUGGAGCCAGAAACUCCCAUUCAGAGCACCAUAGAGUUCACACUCCUGUGAGAAAGUCUCCGGCGAGGAACCGGUCACCACUAAAUCUAACUCCCACCGCAUCCCCUCUUCCUGCUCACCGGCAAUCGCCUCGUGUGCACUGA